GCAGAGCUGGGAUCCCAGACAGUCAGAGAGCAGAGAGCCAGGAGUCCUCAGCUCUGCCUGCUACUGGGAAGAUGAAGGUCUUCGUGGGUGCUCUCCCCUUCCUCAUUCUUGCUACUGCCCUUGGAUCCCAGGUCCAGGUCCCUCAUGAACCCGUGGUGGCGAAACUCCGGCAAGAACCCUCAAUAAGUAUGCACAUUAACGGUUUACACCGUCCUGCUGACUGCUGCUCCAGCUACACACAACAAAUUCGAUGUGCAAAAAUGAAAGAUUUUUUUAGAACAAGCAGUUCAUGCUCCCGGCCAGGUGUCAUCUUCCUCACCAAGAAGGAGCGGCGGAUCUGUGCUGACCCCCAUGUCUUGGAAGUUCAGAAUUGCAUGAGGUCCCUGAAUAACCUAAUGAUACUGACGGGAGAAAGAGGAGGCUUUCUUGAGAAGAAAUGAUACUAGGGGCCAGCUACCCCACAUCCACUUGUCUUGCCCCAACUCCCUCCUGGGAUUUUCUUGGCCUGAAUUAUUUUUCAAAAAGCAACAACUACCAUUCUUUCUGUUCUGGUUGGAAAAGCCAUGCAUGAAUAAAGGGUAUCUGAUAUAACUUUACUUGAGCUUUAGGAGGAAAAAUAAACUAUAGGAAUUGCUGAAAUUUGGAUUCUAUGGUUUUUUCCCAAAUGAUAUGUCAUAACAGAAUUUUGUAAAAUCUAAACACAUUCAAAUUCAUUCAAACAUAGAUUGAACCUGUGUCGAAAAUGUACUUAACCCAUUCAAAAAGGGAACCAUAAAACAGAGUCAAAGAUUAUCUGAGGAACAGAGAUUUAUAUAGUUAAUUGGGGAUGGCAUUCUGAAAUGUUAAGUCAGAGAAAAAGAGAUUAAUAUCCUAUUGAAAAAUAAUACUGUAACUCUGGGGAUUAUCUUUUCUUUUUUCUUUUCUUCUCUUUUUUUUUCUUUUAGAGGGGGGGAAUAGGGGCAGAGGGAGAGGGAGGGAAUCUUAAGCACAUCCAGUGCAGAGCCCAACACGGCACUCAAUCACACGACCUUGAAGUCAUGACACUGAGAUCAUGACCUGAGCCGAAAUCAAGAGUUAGAUGUUUAAUCAACUGAACCACCCAGGUGGCCCUGGGGAUUCUCUUUUCUACUGGACAAAAAUCAUUUACAUCUAUGCUAGAUAAAAAAUUUGCAAGUUAACAUAAUUUCACAAAGUCAGGAGCCCAUCAGUAGUAAAUAGAACACCACUGGAGAGGACGUUCCCCCUACAGGAACCCUGGGGUGGGCUUUUCGGACAAUCUUCCAGAUGACAUUGGAGACCUGCCUGCAGUCAUCCUUCUGCAUUAUUUCCACAUUUUGGAUAUUUUCUCUCAAUGGAUAUAACCUCCCCUCUUUAAAGUUAAGGGACAUUAAGAAAAAUGUUUAAAGUUGGACUGAACAUGGGUGGUGAGAUCGAGCCCUGCAUCGGGCUCCACACUCAGCACGGAAUCUGCAUGAGGGCCUCCCUCUCCCUUUGCCCCUCCCCCACUGAAUGCUUUCUCCCUCUAAUAAAUAAAUAAAUCUUUAAAAAAAAAGUUGGAGUGAAUAUCAAUUUUACAUUCAUAUCUAUUCAAGCAUGUACGUUUAUAUUCGUAAUUAGUAAAUCUUGGUCAACUGUCUCAAAAUUCAGAAGAAAGCACUGAAAUUCUAAACAACAAAAAAAUUUUAAAUUCAAAGCAAAUUUAAAACCUACCUUGCUUCUUGGGUGAUUUGUCCUAAAGAGUUAUAAGGAAAAAACUGAUUACCAAAUAUCUGUCAUAAUAAUAAACACUAUUAGAAGAAGAAACCUGAGACAAUGAUGAAAGCUGGGAAUUAUUACAGCUCUAAAGGGGUUAAAUACACAUCCACACUAUGUCUCAUCUUCUCCUCUCUAUUAAAAAUAGCUAAUCUCUGGAGGUUUGACUACAGUGUAGAAAAAAGCUUCUUUGGGGGCACCUGGGUGGCUCAGUGGGUUAAAGCCUCUGCCUUCGGCUCAGGUCAUGAUCCCAGGGUCCUGGGAUCAAGCCCCGCAUCGGGCUCUCCGCUCAGCAGGGAGCCUGCUUCC